AUGGUGCGGCCGGUGGAGUUACUGAGCGCGUUGCGUAACUUGUGUCAUGAUGAUUCUGACGGUACCAAGACCGCUAUUGACAUGCUUGUUGAGGUCGGCCCGCAUGGCGCUUUGGCUGGUUCUGUCCGGCAAACGUUGGCGUUACCUGGGCUGAGUAGUGGGGGGAUCACCUAUGCUACGUGUCUGUCGCGUGGCCAGAAUGCUGUCCAGACCAUGUAUCAGCUCGUCUGCACUCUUCUGCAAGCCCACUCUUCUGCAAGCGGGCUAUCCUACGCAGUCUUCCAAGCAGCCUACCAGACUCUUCCCGUUGGGGGAAGCGAAGAACGCACCGCAAUGAUCCCGACAUUUAUUCAGGAUCUUUACAUUUCCGCGGACUUGACAGCGUCCCCAGGUCACCGGUUCCACGCGAAUUCAACCUUGGUGAGGGUAGACAGACGCGGGUUUGAAACCUCAAUUCGGGUCACCAACAAAGGUCCAGAGUCCGAAAAGGCGGUGCUCACUGUCCAGGGGCUCUGGUGUCAGUCCUUGGGUCAGAAUCUUGCGAUGCGGAUGGCCGACGACAGACUCUGCUAUACCUCGGUCUGGAAGCCAGAUAUUGAUUUUCUCCGACCUGAGCAUUUUAUUGAGCCAGAUGCACCAAGCGGGAUCCAUCCCCAUCUUUCUCAGCUACAAACCGCGGCUGUCAUGUUCAUUGUGGAUGCUUUGCAUCAAUUUCAAGGUGAAGAUCGUGUCGCAUCUGAGCAUUCAGGUUACUGGAAAUGGAUGACAGACGUUGCAGAAAGGGCUCGUCCGAUUCUCGACAUCCUGGGGGUUACCGCGCAUGGAAUGGCAGCGCUGACACAAGAGCUAAAACAAUCCGAGGCGAAGGACAUCCUGCUGGAAUUCAUGGCCGAGAACCAGGCUGAGUGGUGUUCUGUUUCAGAGGCUCGAAUCGGUAUUAACUCGGCUGCUCGAGCUUCAAAACGUCCUCGGGCUAGGAUCCUCGAGAUUGGAAUAGGCAAUGGUGCCAAUACACGGAGAUUUAUCAAGGCCUUGACCCAGGACAAUACGCGACUGUUCUCUCGCUACGAGGUCACUGCCUCUAGUGCAGGACUGGUCAAGAACGCGGAUACGGUCCUCAAGGAUGAGGCAGACAUCGAGUGCAAGAUUCUAGACUUGAACGCGGAGCCUGAUGCCCAGGGAUAUGCCCGGAAAAGCUACGAUUUGCUUAUUCUAUCCGCAUCAGUUUUGUUGACGGUGAAGCAAAUGGUUCAGACCCUCAGCUCACUGCAUGCUCUUCUUACUCCUGGUGGGAAAUGCAUCCUCUGGGGCCCCAGCCUGGGCGAUGGUGCGUUGCAGACUAUUUUCCGACUUUCUCCAGGAUGGCAGGGCAGUGUUCAUGCCAGUGGCCUGUGGAAGGAGCUCUGCGCGCAGGCCGGUUUCGAGUCGGUCAGCUCCCACCUUCAGCCAGAUCUCAACGCAGACGGGUACCAAGGAGAAGUAGUCGUUGCGACGGCCAAGACAGACGUGACAUCUGCCACUCCAACAGAAGCUCUUCUCAUUUCUAGAACCAACCCGCCGGAAGACUGGCAGCAAGCACUUCAGCACGGGCUAGCUGCUGAAUUUAUGUCUGGCCUCUCCGUUGUCUCCUCGCUUGAAUAG